CACAAGAGCAUUUGAUUCGCUUCGUGGGUAAGAUCUCGUUGAUUUUAUCUGCCAAUCAGUCAGUUGCAAUCAGUCGUUCAUUUGAACAAUUUGUUGAAGCCUCAGCUGAAGAAGAUAAAACAAUGGAAAAACCGAAGAGUUUAGAGGGUGAAAUUCAAGAUAAGCAACCAGAUUCAAUUCCGCCCCAGUCAUUAGAUAUGUCAGAUGAUGUCGAAGCCCCGUCUUUUGGAACUGCAGUUGUAGCAAAUCCUGAAUGGGUCGGCUUUGCCUCGAGACAAAAUUUCACUGGAACUAUAAUCGGGGCUAGAAAAAAGGGUUUUAUGAAAGUUUUGUGGUCUGAUGGUACCAUGGAGAAAUGUAAGUUUGGUGUAAAUGGAAACUACGAUUUUCAAGUAUCUAAGGACCAAGCUGUUGACUGUAGUCACUUGCAUAUUGGAUCCCUGGUUGCCAGAGGGCGGGACUGGCGCUGGAAAGAUCAAGAUGGAGGCGAAGGCAGUGUUGGUGUUGUAUUGAAAGUAGACGGACCUGUUGUACAUGUUAUUUGGCCUCAUGGCGGGCAAGGAAAUUACCGAUAUGGUUAUAAUAAAAAGUUUGACCUGGCACUUUGCAAAACGCGCAGAAACACAACCGAAGAGACAAAUUUUGCUUGGUAUAUUGAGGAAGAGGAAGGUCAGUGGAGACCUUUUCCAACAGAGGUCAAUGAGAGUAUUGAAAACAUGCACAAAACAAAUCAUGCCGGGACAUUCCUUGUGAAAAUGGAUGAAAAGUCAUUGCGAGUUUCAAUUCAGCAUUUACAGGCAAGAGAUCCAAACACACAGCUAACUUAUAACAUUGAAAGGCGAGAAUCGUCCAUAGAGGAAUAGCAAUGAUCAGUUGAUAUAAUGGCACCAACAGGGAUGUGAAUAGUGAAUAACAAAUAUGGAACAUCAAGCUAAUAUUUCUUCGUAACUUCCUUUGAAUGAGUAGCUUUACCUAUUAACCUUUAGCCUGCUGGCGGCAAAUAUUUCAGCCUUUGCGACCAGUGCAGAUUUUCAGUGAACACCCCUUCAAAUAAUAAAUGGUAUUGCCCAAAUUUAAUGAUGGACCAGUCCAUUUAGGAAAUUUAGCAGGCUAAGGGUUAAGCCGUAGUCCUGAGGCAAAGCAAAACAGCCUUCUUAUGCAGUGUAGAUACGGUGGAGAACAUUGUGUGUUACAGCACAGAAGUAACAUUAAAUCUUUCAGACAGUUACUAACUUUAAAUCGAAACAAUUAAUUGAAAUGAGUCAGUAGAGCUGGACGCAAAAUGUUGUAGUUGUGUGGAAUGCAAUCUGAUUAAAAUCUCAAAGUCUUCUCGUACCUCCGCGUAACGUUACUGAUGAGAUGCUUUUAAUCAGAUUGGUGGACAUGUUAAUAUAAUGCAAAUGAGUUUCACCUCUGUUGAUAUGUAAUCAGUUUAUAACAUAUUCAUUGACAUCACAUUGAAGGAUAAGGCACUGUUAAUAAUAAGAUUUGUUCAGCUCUCGAAAAGAACUACUCUUGCUGUGCUUUCAUGCUUAAUAAUUUCUGUAUCUUCAAAAUGCACAAAAUGUUGAUACUUUGUACACAUGAAGUGUCUCAUACAGUGUCUCAAAUUUGAUUUGGGUAUCAUUUGUAUAUAUCACCUUUAAAUUAAAUAGCACCCCAUCUAGAUCCAGAAAUAAUAUCUAGUAGUUCAUUAUUCCUUUUCACACUGUUUGCCCCUUCAGCCAGCCUGCCUUUUUGUCUUUGUAUUGUAUAUAAUUAACAGCUUAUCGACCCUUUUGCUUCCUUUUGACUUGCCACAAAUUUAUUAAUUAAGUCCGGCUACGUAACAUUUACACUGAAUUGAGUGGAAAGCUUCGACUUGACCAAACGACAUUAUAACUCCACCAACUGACCAAUAAAAAAACUUCUUGGUUAAAAGCGUUAUAUCGCUAAUAAUCUUGACAUACGCGCACGCUAGAGUUAUAAGACACGACCAUAUCUGCGCAUAUUUUGAUCACCGAAAGAAAUGUUUUGCAUAAUUAGUUCUUCUCUUUAGAAAUGAAACAAAUGUCCGACAUGGCUGUUUGCACCUCGGGAACAAUUAAAUAAAUGAUUCUACUGGUAUACUGUACGUUUUUGUGAGUUAAAUCCUUUCAAAGUACACACAUGCAUUAACAUUUAUUGAAAAAAGUACCAACAACUUGUUAACAGAAAGUCCAUACGCCAUUAAAAUCAAAUGUCACGUACUUUCGCGACCUAUUUUUUUUCCUUUGGACACUUUAAUUGGAACUGUGCAAAAAUCCUGAAAAAACUUAUCAAAUGUUUACCAAAUGAAGUGUUUGUACAAUUUAAUUGUAGCUGUGCAAAAAUCUUGAAAAAAUACUCAUCAAGUGUAAAAUGUUUAAAUGUAACAAACGAAGUGUUGGACUAUUUGUACAAGAUCUGUGAAGAAUUAUUAUUUAGGUCUAGAUCUUAGCAACUUAAUAAAAUGUUCUCUCAGUUUUACUAGAGAACAAUUAAAUUUGUAAUUCAGUGGGAUGUCUACAAGUAAAGUCUUAAACCAAUAUAAUUAAAUAUUCAAAAUUCCUUAUGUACCUCCCCACCCCCAAUUCUGACCAGGGGCAAACCCUAACUAAUGACCGGAAGGACCAUCUACUUUUAAAAUCUGUCUUAUUAUGCUGGUUACAGUCUGACAACUUCUGAUGUUUUAUGACGAACAAUAUUAUCAGUCAGAACAUGCACCGCAGCCUCCGAGUCCGUCUUCAUCGUCGAAAGUUUCAAAGUUUUCUUAAGGAUGAAUCCCCAUCUCCCCCCCCCCCUACCUGUAAAAGGGGAAUAUCUUCUCCCACACCACCCCCUAUCCUGCCGCUUUGCAGGUACUAGCUGCCAUCCUGCCUAUAUAAAUGCCUGAUUGGAGCACUGUUUACUUUAUUGUUUAUAAGCAUAAUUUUUAUUCUAGUAUCUUUUCUUUUCGUCGUAACUCUAUAUGUAUUAUACCUUAACAGUUUUCUUAUUUAAGCAUAACUUGUCCAAACUAACAGUUUGGUCAAAUAUCAUAUUCAAAUUGAAUUGACAGUAUGGUUUGCUAUAGCAGGAACCAAGAAUAUGACAUGGAAACAUCCCUUUAUAAACUCCUUUCUCGUGUAUUUGUAUCCCAGUAAGUUUAUUACCACAAUGUUGAGUAAAUUUACAACUCUUAAUUCGUUUAUAUUUGUAACUUUUGAUCACAUGCUGCUAUGAUUAUUUUUCGUUAUUGAGGGUGGAAGGCAGUGCUUUCAUACCUUCACCAUUUAAUAUGUCAUAUUUUGAGUUAUGACAAUAUUGUGUCAACCACACAUGUCAUGUACGCAUUUUCUAACAUCGACGGCAGCAAAACAAUGUAAACAUGUAUAUCAUAAACAAGCAUUGACACUGAAUUGUGACAUCUGAAACAGGAAAAGACGUAUUAUACUAAAUGAAUGAACAGCACUAUUUCUGUUAAGUUUCAGAAUAAAUAAAGGGUGUAAAGAAUGUUCGUUCCAGUUAAGCAAACAGCUACUAGUAUAUUAUUUUACUGAGAAGUAGAAGACAUUAAGGAAGGUCCGUACUAUUUACUGCAAAAAAAAACUACCUAUCAUCAUGUUUUAGGUUUUAUUGUUUAACGAGAUAAUAUGAAUGUACGCCAUUCGGUGCAAAAUAACACUUAUUCAAAUAUCUAUGGAGGAAAUGAUAUUUUUCACAAAAUUUUAUUGGGGUAGGUAACUUGCAAACUUAAAAACACACUUAUGUUGCGGCGACAUUUUAAGAACUUAUUUGUUUUGUUUAACAGAUAAUGAGACAUGUAAAGUUUCUCGGCCAUUUAAAUGCUGAUAUGUUUUCUUCUUGCUGGUACAGAAAUUUGGUUAAUUUCAGAUUUUCUUACUGGAGAAAAUACAAUCUAUAUGUAUUAUGUUUACUAAUUUCAGAAAUUUUUAACUUUUGAAAAUAUCUUAAUUAGUGAUCCCAAAAUCAGCUUUUAUGUCAGGCCUUUUAUUUUUAUUUGUUUGUAUAAUGCGGAUUUACUUUUCCAAUUGGAACGAACUUUCCUCACACCCUUUAAUACUAUAAUGAUUAUUAUGCAGAUCUAUUGCAUGUAACUUAAUUAAAUAUCAUUAAUUCAUUGUGCUGAGUGGUAGAGGGAUCAUACUUUAGAAUGAAAUACAUUCCUAACAUGACGUGUUUUUAAAAAUGGUAGUCAUUUUUUUUACUCGAUUCAAUAUCCUUAUUCCAAUAAAGAUGUUUAUAUAAUUUUUGUCUCAUCUUGGUAUGUUGUUUUAGAAAGAACAAGUUGCUUCGUCAUUUUAUUCCUUUUCAUACUUGAUUUGCUAUGGUUGUAAUUAUGAACAGAACUGGAUAUUGUUUAUACCAGAAUCAUUUUUAAGUAUUUAAGUUUUGUUCAUGUUAUAUAUGCGAAGCUUUAGCGGCGUAUACAUUGAACAUGUUCAAGGACAUUCGGAUGUUUUUGAAUAAAUGACUUUGCAUCGAAAAAUA